UACUGACAGGGUAAAAAAGGCGGUUGGUGAAAGGGCCCAUAACAGAUUAGAUUCCAUAUCCCUUUUGAGUUUUUUUCUUCUGUUUGAUCGAAGAAUGGGCGGAGACGGCAAAGUUUACACCUUGGCGGAGGUUUCUCAGCACACUACCGCCCAGGAUUGCUGGAUCGUCAUCGACGGCAAGGUUUAUGAUGUGACCAAGUUCUUGGACGACCAUCCUGGUGGUGACGAGGUCAUCUUGACUUCUACAGGGAAAGACGCGACGGAUGAUUUUGAGGAUGUGGGACACAGUUCGACAGCUAAAGCUAUGCUAGAUGAGUACUAUGUUGGUGAUAUUGAUACAGCCGCUGUCCCAGCCAAAACCAAGUUUGUUCCUCCUCCUUCUCCUAAGCAGACCGAGUCUGACCAGAGCAAGAGCUCGGAUUUUCUCGUUAAGAUCCUUCAGUUCCUUGUUCCUCUUCUUAUCUUAGGCUUGGCUCUCGGUAUCCGUUCUUACACCAAGACUCCUUCUUCUUCUUGAGGACUCUAUUGGGUUGGGUCUUUGAGUCUGGUUACACUCUUUGCCCUCCUUUAUAUCUAUCUGUCUGUCUUGUAAAGACUUCAAAAUAUUGUAUUCUCUUUUUGAAAAUCAAGUGGAUCAGCUACAUUUGUUUGUCUUAUAUUACAUGGUUGAACUUGAGUA